AAGGCUUCGCCAGCGCCCAGAGGGCAGAGGCCAACCGGCACCACCGCUCUCAGCGCCCAUGGAGGCGGCAGCCGCACCUACCCCCGCGCCGCAUGUGCUCGUCAUCCCGUUCCCCGCGCAGGGCCACGCGCGGCCGCUCCUCGACUUCGCCGCCCUCCUCGCCGCGCGCGGCCUGCGCCUCACCGUCGUCACCACGCCCGCCAACCUCCCGCUCCUCUCCCCUCUCCUCGCCGCUCAACCCGCCGCCGUCCGCCCGCUCACCCUCCCGUUCCCUUCCCACCCUUCCCUGCCCCCGGGCCUCGAGAACACCAAAGGCUGCGCCCCGGAGGCCUUCCCCAUCUUCAUGCACGCGCUCGCCUCGCUCCGCGAGCCGAUCCUCGCCUGGGCCAGGUCGCAGCCCGACCCCGUCGUCGCCGUCAUCGCCGAUUUCUUCUGCGGAUGGGCGCAGCCGCUCGCUCGCGAGCUCGGCGCCGCGGGGGUCGUGUUCACGCCGUCCGGCGUCCUGGGCACCGCCUUCCCUCACUCGCUCUUCCGCCGCCUCGUGAGGCGACCUGCGGGGUGCGGCGACGAGUUUAACGUCACGUUCCCCGCGAUUCCCGGCGAGCCGGCGUUCCAGUGGAGAGAGAUUUCCAUGAUGUACAAGUGGUUCUUGGAAUGCGGAAUCGAGGAUAAGGUCCGCGAGUCGGUGAGGCAGAACUUCCUCUGGAACCUGCAGGAGAGCUGGGUGUUCGUGUCGAACACGCUCCGGGCGCUCGAGGGGAGGUACCUGGACGCGCCUCUAGAAGACAUGGGGUUCAAGCCCAUCUUCGCGGUGGGCCCUGUGGCUCCGGAGACGGACCCCGCCGGCACGCGCGGCGGGGAGGCGGCCGUCGCGGCCGCCAAUCUCAGCGCGUGGCUCGACGCCUUCCCGGAGGGCUCGGUCGUGUACGUCUGCUUCGGGAGCCAGGCACUGCUGACACCAGCAGUGGGGGCGGCACUGGCCGAGGCCCUGGAGCGCAGCGCGGUGCCGUUCGUCUGGGUUGUGAGCGCCGGGAACAGCGGCGGCGUCCCUGAAGGCUUCGAGGCGCGCGCGGCGGCAGCACGGCGCGGGCUGGUGGUGCGCGGGUGGGCGCCGCAGGUGGCGACGCUGCGCCACGCCGCGGUGGGAUGGUUCAUGACGCACUGCGGGUGGAACUCGGUGCUGGAGGCGGUUGCCGCCGGGGUGCCCAUGCUUGCGUGGCCCAUGACGGCCGACCAGUUCGCGAACGCGCGGCUGCUCGUGGACGAGGUCCGCGUCGCGCUUCGCGCGUGCGCGGGGGGCUUCGGGGUCGCGCCGGACCCGGGCGAGCUCGCUGCCGUGCUGGCCGACGCGAUCGGGGAGAAGGGGGGCGACGUGAGGGGGCGCGCCAAGGAGCUCGCGGCGGAGGCCGCCCGAGCGGUGAAGGAAGGCGGGAGCUCGUACGCGGAUUUGGAAGGGUUGGUGCAGGAGAUUCGGAAGCUUUGCUGAAUUCAAGCCAUCGUCCUGGUUGAACUACGGUUGUGUGUUGAUUUUUCAGGAAACUAAGCAGAUCCUGGUGUUUAAUUUGUUGAGAAGAACAAAAUGUUAGGGUCCAAAGCUACUAAGAGGAGCGCAGCACAUUCUUUAGCUUUCGUUUGUAUCCACAGCAUUUGUAAAUGUACUUGGCAAGGAACGCUUUCAAAAUCAUCAAAUGGGGGCAAUUUCCUUCU